CUGCUAUUGCCCGGACUUGUUGAAAUAUUUUCACGCUAAGAAAAAAAAAAUCCAAGCUUCCGUUAUAACUGUCAAUUUAUAAAACACAUUUUUUUUAACGCAAGAAAUACAGGGGGCAGUUUGGAAAAACCGAAUCCCGUCCGAAUCGUCCCCUGGGAUAACUGACAUUUUGGGGUCAUACCUACAUAACCAACGUUCUCUAGUGAUAUUAGUACCGUGCGAAUAGGGCUUUAUUGAACCGCAAUUUUGCACCAAACAGAUUCUUAAAACUUGAAAUCCCCGCCUACUUGACAACCACCAUCUGUUUACGAAAAGUCACGGGUACAACGUGGACUGGAGGAUGAUAAGGAGACAUUUUACGGGGGUUUGGAAUGGUAGCCUACAAGGGAUUAAUUUCAAAUAGUAUCGUAUAUGUUUCGGAUAAAUUGGCAAACUAAAGGGAUAUGAAUGAUAUGAGACAAUUGGUUCGACGUCCUUUUAAGGGUUAAAUGUGUUUUCUUUCCCUAACUGAAGUGGUUUUCGGAGAUUAGUUGUUGCCGUUGGAACGCGCUUUGCACUGGGCACAUUUCAUUCUCGCUCUUUCAAACAGUACAUGGAAACAAUGGCGAGGCGCAAAAAGGCACAUCGGGUUGGAAUUUAACUGCGCGUAGCCAUAACGCAGGUUGAAAACGGGCUUCGAUUAAACAGAGUUCUGGGGGGGGCAACCAGAGUCGGAGCGAGAUGGAAAGCCCGACCGAGAACCCAACCAGGGCUGCGGAGUAUCUGAAGGAGCUUAAUAACAUUAUCGAGACCCAACAGGAGUUACUGGAGAUGCACAAGACUAGGAUAGAGGAGCUGGAGCUGCAAGUGUCCGAAUUGUGUUCGGAAAACGCCUGCUUGAAAGACCAGUACCAGCGGCACCUGGCUACAUGUAGGCUGGUGCAACAGGGCAACAGCCACGCAACGUUAGGUGCUAUAGAGGAAAACAUCACCCAAGACAAAUCUGAAUGUGACAGUUCCAGAAUGGUCAGGAGACAUGCCUCUCUGCCCAUCGACGUCACAGAGAACCCUGCCAGUCUGGUGUCAGCCGGCUGUAUGAGAGGUUUCCCCUGCCGCAAGUGGAAGUCUGCCUCUUUUGGUGUGGAGGGGGAUGCGCGGCCCAGUGAGAGUGACGGUGGAGCAAGCUACAGGGGCCCAGUGAUAAGCCCAGACCGCUUCGAGGGCCCCCUCUACGGCCACGGGGUGCAGCCGGGCCCCCAGCGCCCACCCCGCAGGCCCAAGCUCCAGCACUCGCAGUCCAUCCUUCGCAAGCAGGCCGAGGAGGAGGCCAUCAAGCGCUCCCGCUCGCUCUCCGAGGGCUAUGAGCUCUCCGCUGACCUCCAGGACAAACAGGUGGAGAUGCUGGAGCGUAAAUAUGGAGGACGCUUCAUAACCCGGCAUGCGGCCCGCACCAUCCAGACAGCCUUCCGCCAGUACCAGAUGAACAAAAACUUUGAGCGUCUCAGGAGUUCUAUGUCUGAGAACCGCAUGUCCCGACGCAUCGUUCUGUCCAACAUGAGGAUGCAGUUCUCCUUCGAGGGCCCUGAGAAAGUCCACAGCUCCUACUUUGAGGGCAAACAGGUGUCCCUGACAGACGACGGCACCCCCCUGGCCAUGGUACAGUCCGAGUGCGGGGACAUGGAGGUCCACCACCAGGCCAACAUGGCGUCUCACCCUGCUUCCCAGAACGACCUGACGGACGCCAUCACGGAGUUGGAGGACGCCUUCUCCAGGCAGGUGAAGUCUCUGGCCGAGUCCAUUGAUGACGCCUUGAACUGCCGCAGCCUGCAGGGCGACGAGGGUCUUGACCCUGAGGCCAUGGGCUGCCCCGAGGUAGAGAGGGAGGUGGCCUAUCAGGUGAAGCCUCACCGCGGGGUGGUGGGGCGCAUGCGAGAGGACAUGAUGGCGUCCUACAGCGAUGUGACUCUGUUUAUCGACGAGGAGGAGCUGUCUCCCUCUAUGGGUCUAUCGCGGGGGUCAGGUGACCAGCCCUCCAGCAUUGAGUCAGACCUACGCCUGCGCUCAGUCAACUCCUCCCAGGAGUACUGGCCCCUGGACACCAAAGAUGAGGGGCGUGACACAGACACCAGCUGCCGCAGCACCCCUUCCCUGGAGUGCCAGGAGCAGCGGCUCAGGGUGGACCACCUCCCCCUGCUGACCAUCGAGCCGCCCAGCGACAGCUCCGCCGAACACAGUGACCGCUCUGACCGCAGCUCCGUCAAACGGCCGCCCGUCUACGAGUCUCACGGGGGCAGCCACAUCGUGGCGUCCUCCAAGGCUAGCCCCAAACACAUCUCUCAUGGCCCACCCCCGCGGGCGCCCUCCAGGGACGACGAGGCGCCCCUCCGCCACCGCCACCGGGCGCUGGAAAGCCACCUGGCCAUCAACGGCUCUGCCAAUCGGCAGAGCAAGUCUGAGUCUGACUUUUCGGACGGGGAUAACGACAGCAUCAACAGCACAUCGAACUCCAACGACACCAUCAAUUGCAGCUCUGAGUCGUCCAGGGACAGCCUGAGGGAGCAGACACUCUGCAAGCAGACAUACCACAAAGAGACACGUAACAGCUGGGACUCUCCAGUCUUCAGCAACGAUGUGAUCCGCAAGAGGCACUACCGCAUCGGCCUGAACCUCUUCAACAAGAAGCCAGAGAAAGGCGUCCAGUACUUGACUGAGAGAGGGUUCGUCCCGGACACACCUGUGGGUGUGGCUCACUUCCUGCUUCAGAGGAAGGGCCUGAGCAGGCAGAUGAUUGGAGAGUUCCUGGGCAACCGUCAGAAACAGUUCAACAGAGACGUCCUGGACUGUGUGGUGGAUGAGAUGGAUUUCUCGUCAAUGGAGCUGGACGAGGCACUGAGAAAGUUCCAGAACCACAUUCGGGUCCAGGGAGAGGCCCAGAAGGUGGAGCGCCUCAUCGAAGCCUACAGCCAACGCUACUGCAUCUGUAACCCCACGGUAGUGCGACAGUUCCGGAACCCUGACACCAUCUUCAUCCUGGCCUUCGCCAUCAUCCUCCUCAACACAGACAUGUACAGCCCCAACGUCAAGCCGGAGAGGAAGAUGAAGCUGGAGGACUUCGUCAAGAACCUCCGAGGGGUGGAUGAUGGGGAGGACAUCCCCAGGGAGACUCUGGUUGGAAUUUAUGAAAGGAUCAGGAAGAGGGAGCUGAAGACAAACGAGGACCACGUGUCUCAGGUUCAGAAGGUGGAGAAACUCAUCGUGGGGAAGAAACCGAUUGGAUCUCUCCACCAUGGAAUAGGAUGUGUGCUGUCCCUGCCCCAUCGCAGGCUAGUGUGCUACUGUCGGCUGUUUGAAGUGCCAGACCCCAACAAGCUCCAGAAGUUAGGCCUGCACCAGCGGGAGAUCUUCCUGUUUAAUGACCUUCUGGUGGUGACAAAGAUUUUCCAGAAGAAGAAGAACUCUGUGACAUACAGCUUCCGGCAGUCUUUCUCUCUGUAUGGGAUGCAGGUUCUGAUGUUUGAGAACCAGUAUUACGGGAAUGGAAUCAGGCUUACAUCAGCCAUACCAGGUGCCGACAUCAAGGUCCUCAUCAACUUUAAUGCGCCCAACCCCCAGGACCGCAAGAAGUUCACUGACGACCUGCGAGAGUCUAUCGCCGAGGUCCAGGAAAUGGAGAAAUACAGGAUAGAGUCUGAGCUUGAGAAGCAGAAAGGGGUGGUGAGGCCCAGUAUGUCCCAGAGCUCUGGGCUGAAGAAGGAGGCUGGCAAUGGCAACAUGAACCGUGCCAGUCUGGACGACACCUACACCAUGGGCGAGGGCCUGAAGAGGAGCGCCCUCAGCAGCUCCCUCCGCGACCUCUCCGAAGCAGGCAAGCGUGGGCGUCGCAGCAGUGCAGGAUCACUAGACAGCAAUAUGGAAGGGUCCAUCAUUAACAGUCCUCACAUACGCCGGAGAGCCACAACCCCACGCAGCGAGGGCCCGCCCCCGGGGUCACCCUACCAUCCCCAACUCCUCCUCCCUCCUCGGGUCGCUCUUUGGCAGCAAACGGGGGAAGCCUUCAUCCCAGAGCCAUCCUCCUCUUCCUCUGCCUGGUCACCCCACCCUCAUCUCCCACACACCCCAUCCAUCCAACCUCCACCACACAGCCCAGCAGGUAGCCCAGGCCCAGCUCCACCACUCCCAGUACUGCCACGUCCAACAGAACCCCCCUCCCUACCACCACCACCACCAUUACCACCCCCCCUCCCCAUACACAGUACCACCAGCACCCGGCAGCAUAUGCAUCCUCCUCCCACACACACCAACACACCCACCCCCACCCGCAUGUACCACAGCACAGCCACGGCACCCAUAGCCAGCAUUCCCAUCACGCCUCACACUCCCAGCAUGCCCCUCACCACCUCAGUCAGCUGCAGGGCCCGGCACCCAGCGGGCCCAAACCCAAACACAGUGGCAUCAGCACCGUGGUGUGACCUCCCUCACUGAAAGAGAGCGAGAGCAAAAGAGAGAACGACAGAGAGCUAGAGAGAGAGAGAGAGAAAAUAUUGAAUGAGCAAAAGGAAAGAGUGAGUGAGUGAAUGAACUUAAGGGAGGGACAGUCUCUUCCCCCAAAGGGACAGAGGGUAUACUGUCAGUCGAUGGCCUAUCUACUGUGUUCCACUGCUGUGAUGGAGAUGGACCUCUGGCAGUCCCAUGUAUCCGCUCCCCCCUUCAGCUGCUCACCAAUAUGCUGGAUGGAAACCAGACUCAAUUCUUCCACAAAGGGCCUCAGCUCGAACCUUAGUAAGGGCCUCUGUCUCUGUCAGGGCUUCGGGGAGGUGUUUUGUACGGGGAAACGCUUUCCCCCCUCCUCCCCAUGAACUCACACCAAACCCGGCUGUGACGGCUGAAGAGAACCGUGCAUUCUCUGUAGGCCGCUGUCCACCUCUCCGUUCUUUCAAUAGCCCGUCUUCCCUUCGCGUAAUCAGGAGACAAGACCACCUGGGAUAGGCCUGAGAAAACAUGUCUGACUGUUUUCUCUGUCACAAUGGCAUAUUAUAUUGUAUACAGUCUUUUUAAACAAAGCUAGCUUUUAACACUCUGCUUUCUUGAGGUUUCCAAAACUCUCUUCAUUUUUAAGAAUGCUCUUUGUUCUUGCCUCUCCUAGAGUUCAUGUUGUGUAAAAAGGCUAGGUGUAAUCAUUUCACAAUAACUAGACCAACGGACAGGCUAACAACAGUCUCAAUCGUAGUAGUUCUAGUGUUGUAUUUACUGUAGAUGACAGCUUUACGUGUUGUCUCCUAGCUCUCAUUGAUAAAUGUGCCAAUUACUAAUGCAUAAACGAUUUAGUCUCGACUUCAUGUGCAGUAUAUUGUGCGUAAAGUACCUUGUAAGAUUAUACUUACAACCAUUAUUAUCAUUAGAAAUCAACUGUAUCAGUAUUAUACUGACUCUUUGGGAACAGGAUAGAUGGGAAGGGGGAGUGGAGCCACGUUGUCAGGCAGUCCAAUAACCUACUCUGGAACCUUUUGCCUUUCAACCAGAGCAUUGAGAGACUGGAAUGCAGCUGUGGCACAUGGCCCUCCUAAUGCUGGGCUGUCAUGUAUAAAACCUCAAAGAGUGUCUACUGACCAUAUGUUGUUCCUAUGCUGGGUGGAUGGGUCCCGCUCGGCUCGGUGUAGUACUUCGAUAUGAAGUACGGACGUUUAGUACUGUGAGUACGGGCGUGUAGUAAGGUGGCAGUGGUGGAAGGGUCACAGAACUCGUGUUGAGCUCAUGGCCUUCUUUUGGUCGUAUGCUGGCUUAAGCUCACAGCGUUCCUGACCUCUCAAGACACUUUACGCGAUAGAAGUUGAGGCUCGCGUCAUUUUACUGAUGGACCCGCAGUAAAGCUGACAAAUGUCUCAUGCCUUUUGAAAUAUGAAGCAGCUGCAUUCUUGACUCUUCAAAUCAAAAUACGAUAAUCCUUUAUUUUAUUUUUUUCCUAAUUUACUGUGUCUUUGUUUUCAUCACAAAACCUGAGAAGGUGAGUGACUAGAAUAACCUCUUAGGUAUGUAGUGUGUAGUUUUUUGUUUGUCAUCUGUUGUUAUCAUUAUGUACAGUAUGUGCAAUAUCUUCGUACUGGUUUUGUACAUUCAAACAAAAACAAAAAAAAGUGUCCCUUCUGUUUGUUUUGUGUGUUUCCAUGUUGCAUCGUUAUUUAUUUAGGUUGGACCCCUGUCAUUCUCUCUCAGUGGCUUAAUGUGUGGCUGUUCUCAUGGUUCUCUGAGAAACACGGUCCUGGGAUUUUCGAAUUCAGUGGAAUGUCGAAGUGGUUUUGCAUGUAAUGUUAUUAAUGUGAGGCUAUCCACAGCACAUUGUAUAACAAAUCAGUGUUACCAUAGUCGAUUGAAGUGCAAUCACAUAAAAAAAAAUACAGACUUGUAAGGCCCUUUACAGGUUCAAGUCUGUUAUCAUGUUGUCCUGGAAGAGAUUCAGGUGAAUUAUUAUUAUUUUUUUCAGAUGAUAUACUUAUUUGACGGCAGUGCUUGACUUGGACUUAAAUAGGUUCCGGUACUCAUUUUGGGUGCCAGUACUGUUUCUAUUUAGGUACUGGAGCUCCUCAAUACUUAUGAGAUAAAAUUCUAUAAAGAGGAACAGAACCUCAAGCAGUAGUAUGAAGUGCCGUGUACUCUGCUCCGGUGUCCCAAGUCGAGCACUGGUUGACGGUGAAAAGAAAGAGGAAUGUGUGUAUAUAUUUUAAUAAAGGAAUAUGCUUCCCUCUGGGCAGAACAGAAAUAUUUUGCUGGAUAAGCACAUAUGAAGGAGCGCUUUCAUUUUUCAGGAAAUCCAGAUCUAAUACACAGCAAAGAAAUGCAAAUGAAACAAAGGAACUGGGUUUAUAUGUAAAGAGAAAUAUCUUUCUACAUUCUACGAAAUGAGAGUAUAUUAUCGCGUGUACAUUAAAGUAAAAGUCAACUGUUUGUCCCAAUA